CAGUGGAAUGAGGACGAUAGAAUGGAGAAAGUGCUGGAGAAGCUUGCGGUGCUCCACGAAGGAGAGGAUAAACACACUCGGGUGGUAGUGCAAAGCAAGCUGCCUUACAUACCAAAGAAAUCCUUUCUUCCUGGCAAAGUGAAAGAGGUGAUCAACGAAGUGUUGCGGGAGAAGCUCACAGGAGUCCAGUACGAUGGAGAGCAAGCUCCAUACUUGGUUCGCGAGAUUGCCGACGAAGUCAAGAAUCGCUGCAAAGGUAAGUUCCAAGAUCAUACUUGCGCCUUUGAUCCACCAGAAUGUGGUGUUCUUCCAGAGCUUCACUUCGAGAGAUAUAAGAUCGUGGUACAAGCAGUCAUUGGCGAGACGCGAGGCCAGGGACUGCAAAUGGCGGCCAGAUGUUUCUGGGACAAAGAUACGGAUGACUACACGAGGGAUACCUUCCAAAACGAUAACAUGUUUGGGAUCGCCGCGGUGUUUGGAUUGUACAUGUAUUGAUUGAGAUUCAUCGGUGCUAC